GUGACAAAACCGACAAAACUGACAAAUCGACGAAACUUGUGGCGUGUGUCGUGUUGUAUUUCGGUGUGUUUAGUGUGCGCAGCGUGAUCAGUGUGUUGUCGCUGGAUAGGCUGGGUUUCUGCGGUGUACUCGAUGGAGCAUGUACCGGUGGCAGCUAUUUCAACAGAUGAAACUUGUAAUGGACUUCCUUGGUUUACUGAGACGUCCGCAGUGUCAACGAUGGUUACCGAAAGCUGGGAGUGAAGAACUGUUGUGACGGCCAGCUGUUGGUCGCUAUUGCAUGUUCUUUACAAUCGUGGACAGAAAAUGACCCGAGUUACAAAUUCCCGUCGAAACUUCUCAAAGUCGGGUGCAAGUAAAGCUGUGAUACCGACAGAUGACAGGGCAGGACUGAACCAGGAGGGGCCUUCAAGCUUAGCACGGCACAUCCAGCUGCCUGAGCUACCCGUAGAUGGUGAUCUUGCAUUCGAGGCACAAGCAGCGCUCUUUGCUGUGGUGUUGCUGGUGUGCCAGCAACUGCAGCUGCACCGAGCUGCCUGGUGGCUGCCACAUGCACACCAAGACCAGGCACUGCACUAUGAACUGGUAGAGCCACACGCGGCUGCUCUGAGCCUAGCAAUCAUGUGCCACCCGCUGCCUGCGGCCUUUGCCCAGCGAGUGCUGGCUGCCCUGCUGCCCACCAGCUGGCAGCCCCGUGCCACAGCUGUGUGCCGAGGGGCCACGUUGAUGGCCACUGCAGGGCUCGUGGCUUGGGCUGCCUUUCACGUGUGUUGCAAGCACGGCAUUUUCAGCGUCCUGUGCCUUGCCUACCCGGGCGUUAUUCACGUGGUGCUAUUCGGGCCCCGGCCAGGACUAAUACGCGAGUGGCCUGUGCCUGUGGCACACAUAUGUUCUUCAGUGCCAGCUGAAGUGAGGGCUGAGGUGGAGCGCCACAAGCAUGACUUCAAUGAGCGACUCAAGCGCUGCCUCUUCCAGGCACUGCUAGUGACAUACUAUGCGGCCCUGCAGCCGUGCUGCUUUGUGCCGCCAUCUCUGCAUCUGGAGCCCUGGGCACUUGCCCAGCAUGGCUUGCUGGCUUGGCUGGCUGCUUUGACGCUGCAUGCCUCACGCCUGUUCCCACCACGUUACCUGGACUCACUGCACAGGGCCGCACUGCACCUGGGACGCUGGCGCCGCCUUGAGGCCCGUCAUGUCCAUGCCCCACAUCAUCUGUGGUCCGACACAGUGCUGUGGCCCCAGAAUAACCUGGUGAAGCACAGCCGGGAGUUCUUUCGGGCGGAGGGGGUCAGCAACGCUGCAGAGCCGGGCCACCCAUGGCAUGGCCGUUUCUAUGGUCUGUUCCGCAGCCCCGCUGUGGUGGUUGGGGGAGCGCUCGCACUACAGGCAGCUCAGCUGCUCUUCCUGCUUUACCUCCUGGCCAGUUCAUCAGAGUGGCAUCGGCUGCUUACAGCCAGUCUACUCGUGUUGCUCAAUGCCCUGACCCUCUUCAAACUAGCGCGUCAAUAUCUAGUCCUUGACAAAGUCUAUCAUGCGGAGCGCCUGCUGCAUGAACGGCUUGCCUCCUGAGUUUGUCCCUUAGUUAGGGUGGUUCCUAGUUCUGUUUCUGUUGGACCACGGCCCCAGCUUGUCUUGCAUUACUUGGUUGGCCCACAAUCUCUCAGGAUGAUGAAUGCAUGCAGUAAGUGGGUGCUGCAUGUGUUGGUUUUUGACGAGAGCCUACAGUAAGAGCACACUGUGCGCUCUUACUGUAGGCUCUCGUCAACGUGAAGGUUGAAGAUACUUAGCCAAGUUGAAGACGAGUAAGAAAUGCUUACGGACAAAGCUAUGAGAAGCAGUGAGCCGUGUAAAGCAGAAGACACAAGCUACAAAUGACUAAUCCUACCAAAUGCAUCCAACGAGACCCUAGAAGAUUUCAACGAGUUCCAACAGUCGGUUAUGUUGCACAUUGUAUUGGAUGCUAGCUUGUAUCUUGUGUCUCCUGCUUAGUGUUCGUAAUGGAGCUGGUAAGUAUGGCCAUCCUGGCUCAGGUUGGAGCAAAUGCUAAGACACAUGUAUAUGUAACAUGAGGCUGUGUUUAGCAGAAAUACACUGCUCUAAGCUUUUCAAGAUCUCAAGCUUUCGUGCAGGGCCAAAAAUUGCAGAAACCAAAGCUUGUAUUCAUGUAGCACUUCAUUAAAUAGAGCGCUUCAUGGGAACAGGGACUCCAUAAUGAUAAGGAAGAGAACUGAACGAAAAAGAGAUCUUAUGACUGAAAUGAUUUGUGAAUUCAGGCUCAAGUUUAUUUUCAUGUGCAUUUGUUAAGGUUUGCUCAAUUAGGUAUGGAGCCUAGAACCAGCUUAUAACUUGCUAUUUGUCCAACAUGGCAAAUGAUGCUCUAUGCAAGGUUUCUCUUAAGUUCAAAUCUCAUUUGAAUGGACACUGAUGAUACACAUUAAGUCAAGCUGAAGUGACAAGUUACUGCUCCAACGUGUCCAAAGAAUCACACUUAUUGAAAACAGGACUUUAGGGAAAAAUAGGAUAGACAUUGGACAGUAUUGCCACUGCCUCAGUGAAAAUGUGGUACGGACUCUCAAGAUGUAGCAUGUCCCAUCGUAAACAUCAUAAAUCGUAAACAGUCACUGUCAAUGAUAAAGGCACAUGGAAUUUCAGUGGGAAAGAAAACACAGUUUGGGGCAAUUUCGUUGGAUGUUGCUCAUUCAUUUGUUCAUUGUUCAUUUUGUGAUUUUGUUCAUUGCUCAUUCCCAUAAUAUCUUUGUGGUUGAUGUUGUUUUCUUCUUGAGGUCAAAUCAUUUUUAGCACUUGCGUUCAUUGCAUUUUCCAUUAGUGAAGAUGGGGACGACCAUUCCUAGACGCCUUUGUUGACUUUGUACACUUGCUGGGCAUUCUUAGUUCAAGGUUGGCAAUAAAAUUUUAUUAUUAAUGACAUCCUUAAUGACAAAAUGUGCAUUUUUUUAUGAAGAAGAACCUGUCCCGUUCAUUACUUAGAUUAAAGAGUGGAUUACAAUGAAAGGCAGCAGUGUACAGAGUACCUUAUGGCUUUAAGGUCACCUACAAAUCAUGAAACAUUUGUUCCACCUCAAACAAAAUUUCAUGUCCAGAGUGAUCCCAAAAUUCAUUGAAAUUGCAAAAAAAAAAAUUAUCUUCUAAAAGAUUAUUUUGUAAUUGCCUAUUCACAGCUUUUCUGGGUCCAUGAGAUAACAACGAUCAACAACAUGAAAGCGGUAUACUACUUAGUGUAUACAGUUAACUUGUACAGUGACCUGCAAUUUUAUUUUAUCUUUAAAAGAAGGUAUUGCAGUUUUCACUUGUUUUUGCUCAAAUUUUGUAGCAAGAUUGCAUUUUUUAUCCACAUUGUUCUGUAAAACACUCGGUGUCUUUACUUGCCUAGUUUGUCUGUGCAAGGUGAAGAGACAACAUUGAACAUGUUUCCAAACCUUUCUAUUGGAGGAGCAGGCUGCUUACAGAGACGUGCACUGGUUCAGUGAUCAUCUACAAAUAAGUGUCUGGGCAAGCCUGGUAGACAAUUAUGCUAACUAUUUUAUCAAAUGUUUCAAACCAAAAGAUGCAAUUGUGUUGCUAAAUUUGGGCAAAAGCAAAGCAGCUGUGCAUAACAUUUUUUGAAAUCAUUGGAAUAAAAACGCUAGUGGGCAAUAAAUGUUAACAGCGUAGCCUCACACUUCUGCAGAGUUGUGCGGUUUUGAGCAAUCACAGAUGGAUGCACUGGAACUUCUAAUUUGUUCUAAUUUGCGCAUGAAUACCGUGGUGUGUUGCAGUAUGGUUCAAUUACUGUUAUGUGCUGCUUGAACAUUUCAUCACCAAGGUAUUAGGGUACUCGUUAUAGUUUCCUCUCACAUGUUUAAAGGUGCUCAAACAUACAACACAGAUUUCAUUCCAUUUGUUUGGCACUGACUGGAUGGUUUCUGCUAUGUCGCACAUUCAAAAAUGUAAUAUUGAGAUACUGAUGGCCAUAUACGAUGUUGCAUUAAAAGAUUGCUGCUGAGAAUGCUGUGCUUGCGUGGUCUUUCUUCCUCGAAACAUUUUUCACUUGUCGCCUUAUGACCAAACCCAUGACACCCAUUAAGUAAGAUGGUUUUGUGAGCACAAGCAUGAUGUCAGUAUGAUGUCCCAUCCCUUAGUCAAUAUGAUCAUGGUUGUCCGUUUAUUGAAGGUGAUGUAUUUAUUACUGCAGCUGUUGAACACUACAAUAAAAUAUGUUUGUGGAAUAAUUA